UCCUCUCAUUCAUGCAGAGUGUAACGCAGUCACCGCCGACAGCUAGGCCGUGUCACAUCCUCGUCAAAACAGAAAGCUCAGCUCUCUCUGACUGACCGAAAGGGUUGUGACCCUGUGCAGUAGAAGCCACCAUGGCAGAAGCUCACCAGGCGGUGGCCUUCCAGUUCAGUGUUUCCCCCGAUGGUAUCGACGUACAGCUGUGCCACGAGGCUCUGCGCCAGAUCUACCUCUCUGGCAUCCACUCCUGGAAGAAAAGAUUCAUUCGCUUCAAGAAUGGGGUAAUGACUGGUGUGUACCCGGGCAGCCCUGGUGGGUUCAUGGUGGUGGUUGUGUCCUACAUGUCCUAUAAUAAAUAUAACGUGCUGGAUCCCUCUCUGGGGUUGAUUGCCAGGCUGGGUCAACACGUACCCAUCAGUCAAUACAUGUGUGAAGACAGCCAGAAGAUAGUUGGAGGGGUUCUGGUGGGCACGGGCCUGUGGGUCACCAUAAUCAUGGUUAUGAGGAAUGUCCUGAAGUGCCUGUUGUCGUGGCACGGCUGGAUGCACGCUCGCCACGGCUCUGUGCCCUUGUCUACGCGUCUGUGGAUGUUAUUAGUGAAGGUGUUCUCCGGCAGGAAGCCAAUGCUCUACAGUUUCCAGAACUCCCUGCCCCGGCUUCCUGUGCCCGGUGUCAAGGACACCUGCAGUCGGUACCUGGAGUCAGUGCGCCCACUGAUGGAGGAUGAGCAGUAUGAACGUAUGGAGGGCUUGGCUAAAGACUUUGAGAAGAACCUGGGACCCCGAUUGCAGUGGUACCUCAAACUCAAGUCCUGGUGGGCCUCCAACUACGUCAGUGACUGGUGGGAGGAGUAUAUUUACCUGAGAGGCCGUGGGCCCAUCAUGGUCAACAGUAACUAUUAUGCCAUGGACUUCCUGUAUGUGUUCCCCACCUCCAUCCAGGCUGCCAGGGCAGGUAACGCCAUCCACGCCACCAUGCUCUACAGGAGGAAGCUGGACCGAGCCCAGAUCAAACCUCUCAUGCUCCUACAAACUAUUCCCAUGUGCUCAGCCCAAUACGAGCUCAUGUUCAACAGCAGUCGUGUCCCAGGUGUAGACACAGACAUCCUUCAGCACAUGAACGACAGCAAACACAUAGCUGUGUACCAUAAGGGCCGUUUCUUCAAGGUGUGGAUGUUUUAUGACGGACGGCUGUUGUUGCCACGGGAGAUAGAGCAGCAGAUGGAAAGGAUCUUGGCCGACACAUCGGAGCCGCUGCCAGGAGAGGAGCAGCUCGCGGCACUGACCGCAGGCGACAGGACCCCAUGGGCCAAGGCUCGUGAAACCUACUUCAGCCGUGGUAAGAACAAGCAAGCUCUGGACGUCAUCGAGAAGGCAGCUUUCUUUGUUACCCUCGACGACACCGAGCAGCGCUAUGAUGAAGCCAACCCGGUCAAGUCUCUGGACAGCUACGCCAAGUCCCUGCUCCACGGAAAGUGCUACGACAGGUGGUUUGAUAAAUCCUUUAACCUGAUCGUUUUCAAGAACGGCACCAUGGGACUGAACGCAGAGCACUCCUGGGCAGAUGCUCCCAUCAUUGGCCAUCUGUGGGAGCAUGUUCUUUCCAUGGACCCUAUGAAGUUGGGAUAUACUGAGGAGGGGCACUGCCACGGAGAGCCCCACCCCAACCUUCCAGGUCCUCUGAGGCUGUCAUGGGACAUCCCUGCUGAGGUAAGGAGGGGG